AUGACAUCGGCCAGACCAAGAUGCUUCUGCCUGCCGCUGCUCCUGCUGCUAGGGCUGUGGGUGGCAGAGAUCCCAGUCAGCGCCAAACCCAGAAACAUGACCUCAGCCCAGUGGUUUGCAACUCAGCACGUGCAACCCAAGCCUCAAAACUGCAACCCAGCGAUGGGCCGAAUCAACAAGUACACAAAGCACUGCAAACCUCUCAACUCCUUCCUGCAUGCAUCCUUCUCCAGUGUGGCUGCCACCUGCCAGACCCCCGGCAUACCCUGCAAGAACGGCCAUAAAAACUGCCAUCAGAGCUCACACACCGUGUCCCUGACCAUGUGUAAGCAUACCUCAGGGAGGUACCCCAACUGCAGGUACAAAGAGAAUCAUCAAAAUGCAUCUUACAUAGUGGCCUGUGACCCUCCCCAGAAGAAGGACUCUGGGAAAUUCCACCUGGUUCCUGUGCACCUGGACCGCAUCAUUUAGGUUUCCAGGCUCCUUACUCCUUGCUUGAGCUUCGUUCCUCCUCCUGGUCUCCUCCUCCACCCAGAGCAUAUUCUUCCCCUCACGUCUUGUACCCUUCAUUGUUUGGCUCUUUGGAAAGGCCAAGGC